GUGGCUAACUAGCUGCUAGCUGGUUACGCAGUAGCAGUCUGUCGUCGGGCAGCUAAUAAAACAUCGGACCAAUGCCUCAAAAAGCCUUCUGUGUUGAUCCCAACACAUAAAAAUGAAUGUUACCUAUUGAUAUAAACGGGUGGUGGUGAGGAGAAUCAUAGUGUAACACGGAUGUUACCGUCAAACUGUUUGUUUGUCGGCGGCCCUUUUUCCGAUCUUGGGCGAGCUAGCUAACCAGCUACCUGAAGAGAGCCUAUUAGCAUUAGCAGCACCUGAUGGCAGAGCUGCAGAGCCGUACGAUCAAGGAAGCCUAGACUCUGCAUGGCGACGGUGGACUGACAGCAGAGGGAGCGAGCAGCCAAUCAGCCGAGGCCACCGUCGGUAACAUGGCGUCCCGCCAGAGGAACUCCGUCCGGAUCCUGUCCAACCGGGAGAGAGGAUCUCAGACCUUUGGCUCUCAGAGGCUCCUGCAGCUGCUGGUGGAGGAGAAGGUCCGCUGGAUGAAAUGGCAGAGUCAGAAAGUGGAGCUGCCGGACAGCCCUCGCUCAACGUUCCUGCUGGCCUUCAGCCCCGACAGGACUCUGAUGGCGUCCACACACGUCAACCAUAACAUUUACAUAACGGAGGUGAAGACUGGAAAGUGCCUACAUUCCUUGGUGGGCCACCGGAGAACCCCCUGGUGCGUGACCUUUCACCCCACCAUUCCUGGCCUGGUGGCUUCCGGGUGCCUUGAUGGCGAAGUCCGCAUCUGGGACCUACAUGGCGGCAGUGAGAACUGGUUCACAGAGAGUAACGUGGCCAUCGCCUCGUUAGCCUUCCACCCAACGGCUCAGCUCCUCCUGAUCGCCACCAACAACGAGCUGCACUUCUGGGACUGGAGCCGACCGGAGCCCUUCGCCGUGGUGAAGACGGGCAGCGACACGGAGAGGGUUCGGUUGGUGAGGUUUGACCCACUUGGACACAACCUUCUCACAGCGAUAGUGAAUCCGUCCAAUCAGCAGAAUGAGGACGACUCGGAGGUUCCCAUGGACAGCGUGGAGAUGCCUCACUUCCGCCAGCGCUCUUUUCUUCCCUCUCAGCCGGUGCGCCGCACACCCAUCCUCCACAACUUCCUUCACAUCCUGUCUUCUCGCUCUCCGGGGGCCCAGGUGGGGGCCGAACAGCCGCAGCCUCUCGGGGAGAAUGGGGGCAGCAUGGGCGAAUCCCACAGCAUGCCUCUGGCUCAGUACCCCAGCUCUGAACACGGGCCUCCCUUCCCCGGCUGCACACAGCAUCUGGGGAUGGUCUGCCACUGCAGCCGCUGCUCCGUCAGCCGCCCUCCCUCACUGGCUGCAGACGGACCCUCUGUGACUCCAUCAGAUCCCAGGAUGUCCUCCGACACUCCGAUUUCCUCAGCCUCCACCUUUUCCUCAGCCCGGACGGAGCCCAGACUGCCGUCCGAGCGGCCCUCCGCCUUCACCUCCCUCUACUACAGUGCCGGUACGUCUCUGAGCCCCAUUGUCUCCAGCAGCAUGGAGCCUCUCCCCACCCCCAGACCAGGACCCGACUGGACCCGCAACCUGCUAAGCAUGCGGGAAGGUGGGGUUAGUCCGGGCAUGCUGCCCCCUCGGACUUCCUCCUCCUCCUCCAUCAGCCUCCUGUCAGUUCUCCGGCAGCAGGACGGCUCGUCUCACUCCCCGGUCUACACCUCCGCCACGGAAGGCCGAGGCUUCCCCCAGCAGGGGGAGUCCCGGGACGCCGCAGGUACCAGCAGCGGGCACCACCCCUUCUGGGACGGCUCCCGCGGCAACACGGCAUCCUUCCGGAACGUUCUACAGUGCAACUUGAACCGGUACUUCCUGGAGAUCGACCGCAUCGAGAUCGACCCAUCGCUGGGAGGCAGCAUGACGGAUGGAGGCCAGGAGCCCAGCCAGGAGCUGCUCAACAACAACAUGGACCCAGACAGACCCGGGCCAUCUUCUUCGUCCGCCUCCCCGUCUCCAACCAUCAUCCACUACCAGCCUCCUCUCCCUCCUCCCCCCACCUCCCACAGCCUGGAGAACAACGUUCCUCCUCCCGCCUCUCGAGGCCACCUGAACCGCUGCCGGGCCUGUCACAACCUGCUGACCUUCAACCACGACUCCCAGCGCUGGGAACGUACGAGCCAGACCUCCUCCACCUCUUCCUCCUCCUUAGAGCCCUCCUCCUCUUCCUCCUCCUUUCCUUCAUCUUCAUCUCCCUGGCCGCCUGAUGAUAGCAGGAGGACACUAGAAGCUCAGACACAGGAGAGGAGGAUGCCUCCGGAGCCCAGCGAGCAGCCCCCUCUGCCUCCAGGUGGAGGAGCAGGAACAGUGGCCUUCCCUAUAGCCCCGCCCCCCAGCCAGGCUGGGGAGCAGACGGUGGGUUUGGUAUAUAACCAGGACACGGCUCGGUGGGAGAGGGUGUACCGACAGGCCAGCACCAGCCGAACGGCAGAACCACCGGAGGCCUUAAGCCAAGAAAUGCCUGUUGACCCCCCAGACGAGGAUUCCCUGAGAAGACGACUGCUAGAGUCAUCUCUGUUAUCGUUGUCACGCUACGACAUGUCAGGGUCCAGAGACCACCCCAUUUACCCUGACCCAGCCAGACUUUCUCCUGCAGCGUACUACGCUCAGAGGAUGAUCCAGUAUCUGUCGAGACGCGACAGCAUUCGCCAGCGUUCUCUGCGAUACCAGCAGAACCGCCUGCGGGCCAUGUCCACCUCCUCCGACAGCCCGUCCAGCAACACGUCCAACUCCAUGGACAGCAGUGACGUGGACUUUGAGGAGCUGGAUGAUAAUGGAGACAGAACGAGACACAGAACGCCCCGAAACGCCAGGAUGUCAGCGCCCUCACUGGGUCGUUUUGUCCCUCGGCGUUUCCUUCUGCCUGAAUACCUUCCCUACGCUGGAAUCUUCCACGAACGAGGACAGUCCGGUCUGGCCACGCACUCCUCCGUCAACAGAGUGCUUGCUGGGGCGUCGAUCGGAGACGGCCAGUCAGCCGUCGCCAGCAACAUCGCUAACACCACCUACCGCCUCCAGUGGUGGGACUUCACCAAAUUUGACCUGCCUGAGAUCAGCAACGCCUCGGUCAACGUCCUGGUGCCAAACUGUAAAAUCUACAACGAUGCCAGCUGCGACAUCUCUGCAGACGGUCAGCUGCUGGCAGUUUUCAUUCCCAGCAGUCAGCGGGGUUUUCCAGACGAGGGCAUCCUGGCCAUCUACUCUCUGGCUCCACACAACCUGGGAGAGAUGCUCUACACCAAAAGAUUUGGGCCAAACGCCAUCUCCGUCAGCCUGUCCCCGAUGGGCUGCUACGUCAUGGUGGGCCUGGCCUCUCGCAGGAUCCUGUUGCAUCCCACCACCGACCACAUGGUGGCACAAGUCUUCCGCCUGCAGCAGCCACACGGAGGAGAGACGUCCAUGAGGAUGGUAUUCAACGUGGUUUACCCCAUGGCUCCGGACCAGAGGCGCCACGUCAGCAUCAACUCUGCCCGCUGGCUGCCAGAUCCAGGGAUGGGCCUGGCCUACGGAACCAACAAGGGCGACCUGGUCAUCUGCCGACCCGUGUUUUAUCGGAGUGAUGGGGAGAGUCCCGGAGAGCCCAGCAGCGAGCCGUUAUUCUCAGUCAACAACAGCGGAACUAGCCGGACCCGAGGUUCUGACAGGCCGGGGCCAAACCGAUCCGGAUGGAGACUGGACCGAGACAUGGGAUUGAUGAAUGCUAUUGGCCUCCAGCCCCGAAACCCUGCUCCUUCUGUGACAUCACAAGGAACCCAAACGCCAAUCAUCCAGCUGCAGAAUGCCGAGACACAGACGGAGAGGGACAUGACAGAACCCGGCACCUCCCGACCAUCGCCAUCCGAUGUCCCUCCUGAGACUCCAUCCACAAGUCGAGCAGCUCAGCUGGUGCCCGCUGACAGCAGCAGUGUUCAGGACGGCAUCCAGGCUGAUCCUCCCUUGGAGGCCACCACAUCAGCAGCUGCUUCUGGUCCGGCAGAUUCCACCGACUUCGGCUCAGGUGAAGACGCUCUUGCACGAAUCCGCCGGCUGAUUGCGGAGGGCGGAAUGACCGCGGUGGUCCAGCGGGAGCAGAGUACCACCAUGGCGUCCAUGGGCGGCUUCGGGAACAACAUCAUCGUCAGCCACAGGAUCCACCGCAGUUCCCAGACAGGCUCCGGGGCCUCCAGAACCGGAGCCGACCCAUCAGCACGGCCUCUCCUCCUCACUCAGCCCUACCCCCACCACCCCGCCACACAGGCUACUCCCAUGUGGGGCCCUCAGGUGCUGCCGGGCCCCCGGCCCCCUGGGCUCUCAGUGACUGUGGACGUGGAUGACGUCUUUGAUGGAGGACGAACAGACGAUGACUCUCUUCCUGGCCCUUCGUCCUCCUCAUCCUCAUCCUCUCACAGCCCCCUCCCUGAUGGAAGUGGCCCUAACGGUUACCACGGCGACCCCUAUAGCAGGUAGUCCUCCUAUUGGUCAGCACAAGCAGACGGUACAGGAUGCUCCUCCAAGCCUUAUCUCAGAGAUAUGGGUGCUGCUUUGACUUCGUAAAGGCCCCCCCACCCCAAACCCACCCCCCAGGAAAGACGGCACACCCUUGCCCCACUCCCCUCCUUCCUCUGCACUUAAGAAUCAGAAAGGAUGUCAGCUUGAACAGAGUUCAUCUCUGCCUGAUCAGGGGUCGUCAUGGAGACACCACGUCUGAGGGGGGGUCUGGGGGUGAAACUUCCUGUCACAUUUACUCCCAACGUGCUGCUCUCGGUGCCAUGUGAUGUUACAUUUGAUGUGAAGUCGUGAUUGAAGUGAGAGGAAAGUGAAUCCGGCGAGAUGCUGAUCUGAAGCCUGUUUCUGGAAGUUUCUGGAAGUCGGACGUUGGGAACGGGAGCGAAUGGGAAGCUGGAAUCAGUCAGGAUGGAUCGGAUCAGGAUGGAUUAUAUCGGUACAAAUUGGAUGGGAUCAGACGGAACAAACUGGUCCCGCUGCAUGUUUUCUCAGAAUGCUGCAGUCUGGACGUUUUAAUCUUUUAAGGCUGAAGAUGAGAGUCAACUAUUUCCUGUGCGAGGCGGGGGGCGUUGGGGGGUGAGGCAUCAUGGCCUGUUCCACCCCACCAUCGCCACCCCUCCCUCUUAAAACCCACAGUUGCACUACAGUGUGAUUGGUGCUAAGCGAGACCUGGACGUACGUACGUGUGUGUGUGUGUGUGUGUGUCUGUGUUGGUGUCGGGGGGUGGUGAGAGAGACCAUGUGACCAUGUUUUUAGGAAUGACUGCCUUUCAUCAUCAUUGUCGUCAUCAGGUGAGACGUUCCGAGGUACCAUUCUGCCCUCUGAACCGGAUCAGGUUUGCGGAUGUUGACGGUACGAUCCAGAACAGGCCUGAACCGGUUCUGGUGGUUCUGACUGAAGUUCUGGUGCUGAGAAAAAAAAAGUGAAUCAUUUUGUUUUGGAAAAUACUGUUUGAGUGAACGGCGGCUCUGAUUGGUCAGAACAACCAACGUCUGAGUGAAACUUGAAAACUUGAUUGACACAAACCCGAAAACGUGAACAAGCAGUGAAACCGGACCAGAGCCGGAUCUGGUGGGCAAAGAUUCUCCAAAUAUCAACUUACAUCUGUUUUCAGUCUGGCUCUGGUUCUAGGUCUGGUUCCGGUUCUGGUCUCCCAGACUGAUGUCACAGGUUCUCAGAUCCAGACCAGUAAAAUGUUUGUCCUGAUCUGAAACUAGUAACAUUGGAAAAAUGUGGUUCUGUAAGUGAGUAACUGGUUCAGAACCAUGACUGCAGGAUCUCCCUGAUGGACUAUGUUUUUACCCACAAUGCACUGUAGCUGCCUCUACCACCACAAGGCAUCAUGGGAGUUGGGGAAAAACCUGUCCAGGUUCUCCAUCUCAGAGCUCCAUCAUGAUAAUAUUUAAUCAGAAGAUGCUUCACUCCUGAUCUGAGUUCAGUUUGGAUCAGAACCAGAACAUAUCUGGGUUCUAGAUCUACAUCCUCCUUCAGAUUCACAUAACAGGACCAGCUCGGGCUGAGCUGAUCCUUUUGGCCCCGCCCACUUCUUUUCUGUCCUCCAAUCAGAGCCGGCGAUGUGUUCAGGAACCUCCUCAGUCGUAGUUGUCUCUGAUUGGUGUCUCAAGAACAGCCCCGCCCCUUGCAGCUGCAGAGGUACUGAGUGUUUCAGGUGAUGUGGAAUCAAAUCUGUCUCAUUUUUAUCCAACCUUUAUUGUCUACAAGUAAUUAGACAAACAGCAGGUACCUGAGCGGCUCCUGGCCAAACUUGCUCACAUAAUUUAAACCUGUUUGGGGCGUGUGUGCGUUCAGGUGCAUUCAGUUGUGUUCAGGUGAUGUGGAUGAAUAUGGGCAACCACCAUCAGAGACUGUGGAGUUUUACAGCUUUGACUUUUAGACGUGAUGUAAUUAAAGAGCUUUGAGAGUU